AUGCACCAGCCUGCCAAGUCGAAAGCCCCGUCAUCCAAAGUCCCCGCUCGAAGUAAGCCGAAGCAGCCGAAAAGCACCGUCGAUGCGUUAGUGGAGCGGUUCCAGUCGUUGUCGAAAGCGCAGCGCUACAACACGGCCGACACGGACCAGGACGGGCUCCUGAGCCACGACCAGCUGCGCGGGCUGCUCACGUCCCGCUUCCGCCUCCGUCCAGUCGCCAGCACGAAUCCCGCGGCCUCGCUAUCGUCCCGCGCGCUUGCUCCGCCCACUCGUCGCCAGCUCAAGCUCGUGAUGUUCGGCUCGGCCAUCCCAUUCGUGGGGUUCGGCCUGGUGGACAAUCUGAUCCUGUUGGUGGCGGGGGACGCCAUCGAGACGCACUUUCACUCGUCCUACGCCAUGUCGAUGCUAUGUGCCGCUGCGCUGGGCAAUACCGUGGCCGACGUGGUGGGGCUCAGUCUGGGCGGCGUCGUGGAGUCCAUGGCCCGGCGUCUGGGCAUCCCCGAUCCCAUGCUCUCCAAGGCGCAAGCCAACAUGUCCAUCACGCACUGGUGCAACUUCUUCGCCUCCGCCGGGGGCAUCACAAUCGGCUGUUUGAUCGGCAUGAUCCCGCUGCUCUGGAUGAACCACGACGCGUACGAGGAAGAGCAGACCAGCGAGCCCGUCAAGAGGAAGAAAGCUGAUACUGACGCUGCUGAGUCCGCAACUGCAACGGCCAAGUAG